CACAACUGACGUGCACAGGGCUACUCAAGCUGUUUUGCCUUCCUCCUCCGUCAGUGGCUUUCAGUCUGCGGUUGUGUGUUUAUUUGACUUGAAAUAUAAUGGCAGCAUCACAUUUUGUAUUUACAAGCUUGGCAGUCCUUGCCCUGAUAUCUCCUCUUGGUAAGUAACAUUGAACUCGUGAUUUUCUCUCUCACUGAAGACUAGAUAUUCAUGUCGUUCAUGCUCGGCGUAGCCAAUCGAAUGUUCGGUAGUCGAACCCAAUCAAUUUCCAGUCGUUCGAUUGACUUUGAUUGGGUUCGUUAACGGAACUUAAUCGAACUCUCCCCAAAAUAUUACCAAUCAAGCGCAAUCGAACCCUGCAACAAUCCAACAUAAAACCACUUUCGAUUCUAUUCGAUUCAUCUGGUUUCAAACAAGGCGUUGCCUUCAAAUAAGUUAUGCAUUGGCUUCAAUUUCAAACACGAGUUCACUAUAUUAGGUAGUAUCCGAUCACUUCAGUGUAAAAUUGCAUAUUGCUUUCCUUUCUUAGUCGCAAGAGUUUUUGGAGCAGAGAUAUUCUAUUUAGUCCUUAAUUUGACGAACAAUAGCUUAAAUUUUAAAGUAAAUCUCGACAGGUUGCGUUGCUCUUGCAAAGUAGUUUGACCUUCGAUUCUGGAAAUAUAAAUCGGCGUGGGAACCCAGCAUCGUGAAAAACAUUACAAAUGACUGGGGUAUGGUGGGGAACUGUCAGAACUAUGUGAGCGGCUGACAACGCUUUUAACCUCACGUAAGCGACCACUUCACGCAUUCUCUGAUUCUCUGAUCUAUAUGUUCGCUGUGUGCAAUAUGGUACUUAGAAUAUACAAAGAACUUUAGUGACAAAAUAGAACGACACGCAAAGUAAACGUGCCAGGACCUCUUCUCGGAAGAGGCCUUGUGGUUCGAUUCUUGUUACGUGAGUGAGCGCUAGAGAACAAGCAUUCUCUCUUUUUUUCUUGGUUCUUCGAGCAAAAUUGGCUCAUGGCUGGUUAAUAUAGUGUGAUGACGUCAGUCAGGUCGUCGUACACCAGCCAUAAGCCGCAAAAUGCGCGCAACUGAGCGGAAAGGGAAAGUUCAAUGUCCAAACAAGAAUGUUGCAUUGCGCUGCAAGCAUAUCGCACUCUGCAGCACAAAACACUCAUCAAGCAUUCGAUGCUACAAAGGUUGAGGUAGAACACACAAACGAACGUCGCAUGUGAAUAGUAUUUGAAACAAAUAUAGAUGUUGAAUUGUCAAUGCGCAAUGUUGAAUUAAAAAGGUUGAAUAUUGGAUUUUGAAAUAUGGGUGUUGAAUUGUGAAUGACAAUGAAACAAGAAUGUUGGAUUGCGAUGCCACACAGAUAGAAUACACAAACGAAUGUCGCAUGUGAAUAUCAGUGAAUAGUAUUUAAAGUAUGGAUGUUGAAUAGCCCACGUCAGGAGCCCAUGGGCUCCUGCCCACGUUCGAUAUAUUAACCGUCGGACGUACAAGGGGGAGGGGUGGAGAGGAGAGGAAGGUGGAUGCCACCCUCAUAAGUUUUUUCUGAGUUUUUUCCUAGAGGAUAAAACGUCAGACCUCGCGUUUUCAGUAGCUCUUCGUUCGUCCCUCGCGCAGAUUUUGAAAUAAGUUUAGUGACAGAAUUUACUAAGGUCAAGAGCAAUUCGAGCAGUAAAUCUUGUGGCUAAAAUCAUGCAAAGUGCUUACUUAUGUGUUAUUUUUCAUGUAAAGCACAAAAAAUUACCAUUUCUCGCGGCUUUAACCUGAUUUUGAAUUCUUGGUAAAAUCCAAGAUGGCAACUAUUGUUGGUGACGUCAGAGGCCUCCAGCAGCUCCACCACCCAUAAAAACUUGAAACCUUGUGAAUGGCUCAGUGUGAUGCAGCAAAUACAGAAACACCAAAUCAAUCGCCAAUGACCUGCUCGAAAGUUUACCUUGUUGUAUCAAAUCUUACAGCAUUAAAAACUUACAGCAACGGUGUAAGCGGCAGACCUCUCCUUGUAUGAUGUUGGAAGAUCCUUAUCCAAAACUUUUAGGAGGUCAGUGAGCGAGUCUUUUUCAUAAAGCGACUAAACUCAAAUCUGUCCCAAGGUAUGGAAUUUGUUGCACGUGUAUAUUACGUGGAUUGGGGUAGUUUAUUUUUCUCUUAACUCUCUGUUGCGCAGUAGUCCGUCUUUUUCAGGUCAUUUCAAAAUCAGUGGAUAUGAUGGUCAUGAAAAAACCGUUAAACAAGGUUUAAACCUACUUUUGAGCAGGUUUAACUUUCUAUUGUUCCUUUAGUCGGUGCCUAGACACGAUCUAAACAAGGUUACGGAACAACAGCGUUAAAAUUAUCGGCAUUCUUGGUUAAAACAUGCGGUAGAAGGUGACUUUCUUAAACGCUGUUCAAACUUGGUUUAAAUAACCGGCCCAUAGAUUUUAGUUAAUUCCAGGUUAAUCAAAAUAUUUUUGUUUUAAAACUGCUUCACAUACACACUAUAUACUUGAGAGAGAAUUUUCCGAUUCAAUUGAAACUGGAUGCGUUUUGUCUUUCUGCCUACCAAAAUAGAACUAAUCGCGUCCGUUGAGUUCGGCAAUAAAACUCACGAGUUCGAUUAAUCGAACUUGCACCAAAACGUUCCAGUUACCAAACCAAUCAAACAACAAUCCAACCAAUUGGGUUCGAUUGAUUUUCGGUCCGGUUUCGUUCGAUUAGCUACCCCAGGUUCAUGGAAUACCAGAAUAGUGAAGCGGAGUUGAGAACCAAGUUUAUCUCAGUAUAUAGAAAAGCUACAAUGGACGACAAAAUGAGUUGCGACACUUCGCCUAAAACUGGGCUUUUUCAAGUUACCUUUUACUAACUUCAAAAGGAGGAAAUAUAGCUUUCCUCCCCCAUCCCCUCCAUGCAAUGUUGUGCUGAUGUUCGAGCUACCUAUAUAGAAAACAACAAACACCACAACUUUGAAUGGAGGGGACAGGGAAGGGGUGUGGAUUAUUUUGUUCUUUGCAGUUACCCUAUUUGAGUACAAUGUCUCUACAAUUUUGUCGCCGAUGGUCGCUCUCCCUCUAUUUGAUUAUAUAUAUCUAAAUAAAAAGUAGAUCUCUUUCCGUCUAAAUAGGUACUUCAAUAGAGUACAAGUGAUCAAAGAGUAAUCAUCAGUAUACGUAUGCGAGGUUCAGCUUUAGGACAAACGGAACGUAAAAAAUAUUUCCAUUAAUCAAGUGGCAGUAACGACCACUUUUUGAGCUGCUUUUCACCUAUCAAUGCUUAACCAUAAGUGGAUUGCAGAUCCAUGACUCGAAAAAUUCUUGCCUGUGAAUACAACCAAUUCUCCCCUAGACUAAGAACAGCCUCUCUUUUUCUUCAGAGAUUUAAUUAUGAGUGAUGGGAGUGCCUCUUUCGUUUUGCACCAUCCUCCACGUGCGUGUUCAUUUUUGUGUCUCGCUAGACGGACUAAGAAAAAAGAGAGACUGCUCGUAGUCUAUCUCUCCUCGCUCCUCGCCGCUACGAAUAUUUCUUUCGUCUUGCAAAACUAAAACGUACUAAACGGCGAGGAGCGAGAAGGGAUGGGUUAGGAAGGGGACUCCAAAUUUCAAGUGACAGAGAUGAUCGAAUGGGGGCAAGAAGAGAAACACAAAAAAAUCCGUGGACCAAAAUUCAACCCCCAAAAAAUCCCAUGCUGAAGGUUACAAACACUGACGAAAAUGAACGGCUUUGAAAAACUGUUAAGCUGGGUACAAGUUUCCAAAGACCGCAAUUGCAAUGAGUCUUCUUUAAUCUUCUUCCACGACGUUUGUUUGUUUUUCCGCGCCUCCUUUUGUAUUUCAUGUGUUAUUUAUACACCCUUUUAAUGUUUGGAGGUGCUAUUUUUAUAUUUUUCUCAAUUCUUGGAUUGUAGCCAAGUGACAGGGCGGCCAUGUUGGCACCAACAUGGCCGCCGUGACGUCAUGUGCAAACCAGUAGGAGAAUUUUCAUCGAUAUUCUGCACCUCUAUGGCACACGCGGGGAAUACUAAGAUAUGGGCGAAAAUAAUUUCGGCGUAUGCGAAGAUGUGCAGCAUAACCGUGGGGGUUUUCGUCGCUGAGGGGAGGAGGGAGGGCAAAAAACGCCAGUAUAUAUGGACUCUCGGGGCAUGAACGCAUAGAAAAGCGAUCUGAUCAGUGAUCCUGAUGUUGGCAAAGCAUCUGAAUACCACACUCAAUACCCAGGGGUAAUGCAAUGGUCCCUGGAGGGAAAACGUGCUAAGUCAUCUGGCCCGCGUGCCUAUUUCGGCGCAAACAUAUCAAUGAAAAUAGCAAUUUGGUGGCAGCUCUCACUGUUGAAUUUUGAUAAAUUUCGUGAUACAGCUCCUUUAAGUUGACCCUGUAAGUCUCGAGACUGGCCAAAAUAAAUGUUCUCCUAACGAUACCCUAACAUUGUCAAGAGAUUAGGUUAUGAGAAGUAAUAAAAUGAUCACCAAAAAGAAAAUGCCUAGAUCAUUUACCAAGUUCUCUCAACUUCUUCUUUAAGGAAAUUUAUGGAGAUCAGUUUGAAGAACUUGUAUGUGGAUGUUGGGCUUAGAGAGUUAAGCAUAUAGCCUCCCACCACGCGAGGAUAAAGGGGACAGAGAAGGCAUCCCCCAUACACACCCUAUUCCAUAGGUAAUUCAUCUCGAGUUAUUUUUAAGACCAUAGAUCCCAAGGGGGAUUAGACAACAGCCAAUCACAUAGCGCGAAUGUGUUCCGCGUGGACGACCCACCCUCAGAGCCACGCGUCCUUCACGAAUUGACGUAGAAAAAAUGGCGGAAGACGCAGAGAGUGAUAUUACUAUUUGUUUUGUCGACUAAAACGACUAAAGAGAGAUUUCUGCUAAGGCUGUGUCAGCGAAACGGAAAUUAAAAGAGAAUCGCCCUUCCUCUCUUGCACAGGGCUAACAGUGCAGCAGGGAAAUCCUUAACACACUGAAUAUUCUCUCAAGAUCAUUUAUAAUUUACAGUUUGAAGAGAGCAAUUUCUGGUUUGAUAUUUAUUAUUUUAUUAGUCUUUUAUUAUUCAACAAAAAUAACACUUGGCGUCCUACUUGCUUUAUUAUACAAACGACCGGUUUCAAUAGACCGGCGAAAUUUCUCAUUUUAUUAAAGCACUGAGGUUAAGACAACUUCGAGUUAAACUGAUUUCACGGUUGCCAAAGAGUCCAGCGAUUCCCUUUUCCCAGGUGAGCGCAGACUCACUUCGCUUCAAUAUUCAGAAAUGCUCUCGAUCUCUUUGCGCUUUCAUUGCCUUUCGCCCGACAUGUUUUGCACAGCGUUUAGUUAUGCGCAACCUCCACGAAACAUCCACGCAGCGCGCGAGGUAACUAUGUCCCAAUUCUAAAAAUAACUCGAGACGAAUUACCUUGGGAAUAGGGUGUGUAUGGGGGAUGCCUUCUCUCUCCCCUUUAUCCUCUCUUGCCUCCCAAGUAGACGUUCUUGGGCGUUCGUCACUCGUUCCUGCCCCACCAACGUCUGCUGAAACGAAGAGCCACUUCCGUUCUUUGGCUGUUUUCUUUUGUUUUAAAGAAACCAAUCAGCAUUGACUAAUUGUGACGCGUGAAGCCAAUCACAUGCUGUGAAGGAAGGGAAAUCGACACGUGUGGUUUACCUCUGGAGCAAAUUUCGCGAUAACUAAAAUAACCAAACCAAAAUAUCCAUCUAUUUCUGUUAAGGACAGGGUUCGAUUUUUGAUUCAGUGCCAUCGACGUAAAAGGCCUGAUCAAUACCGCGAUUGACGAGCGAUCUUUUCAUCUGCAAGGCACGAGGCCGGCACAUGUUUUCCAUCGUUGAGUACAAAAUGUACCAAUCCGAUAUUUGCGCGCUAUGGAAAAGGAUACAAAUAACCGUUAAUUCUAUAAGUACAAAAAGUCUGAGAGGGAUUUUCUCGUUAGACUAAUUUGUAAAAUCCCAUACCGUCUGAAAAAUCGGCCUGCCACCCCUUGCAGGUUCAACUUCAAACAUUUCUUUGCUUCGUACACCCCUUGCAUUUUCUGUACUGAUAUCACUUAGCGAAGCGACAAGAAUAUCAAGAUUUGCCAGCUUAUCGACCUGGUCUUUGUUACUAUUUACAAACGGCGAAACCACAACAACAACAUGGCCAGAAUGUUUAAAAAUUGAGUCGAACACAAACGGUAAAGCUUGCUAAAUAUGUGACCUUGCACAUCCAGUUAAAAGAUUUACAAACACAUCAAUCUUCUUCUGUAAAAAUGGGCCAUGGCUUUCGUUUGAUACGGUUUCAACGCCCUAAUACCAAACGUUUCGGACAUCAACACGGCACCUAACCUUUCUUAGUCCGCAUUCUGGUCCCGGGUAAUAUUUUUAAUAACAAACGCGAGUUUACCCAAAGUUGGAAAACGGCCUUUGAUUGGCCCUAACAACGUCUGCGUGGGAGACUAUUGAGCAUAAAGUCUACUGUAGAAGCCAAGCGGCGCCCCACGUCUGUGGGGCAGGAACUCUUGACGAACCCCUAACAACGUCUGCGUAGGAGACUAUUAAGCAUAAAGUCUACUGUAGAAGCCAAGCGGCGCCAAACGUCUCUGGUACAGGAACGCGUGACGAACCCCUAACAACGUUUGCGUGGGAGGCUUCUUAAAGCCGUGAGGAAAGGUGGUAUCCUUUGCAGCAAACUGAGGUAAAGAUUUCUUCUUUUUCUCUUUAUCGUUAGCUUUUGCUCUUGAAUGCUACGAGUGUGGCCCUCCGGGAUCCAACUGCAGUAGUAACCGUUUGGGCAAGGUGACAUGUGGAGUGUAUUUCAAUCGCUGUUUCACCAUUAAGUACACAGUGGAUGUGGGAUUUGGGCCGAUGUCAAUGCAGAUGAGAAACUGUUCAAAUAGCUUGGCUUGUGACCCACAAAGCAGCCUUAAUAGUAAGUGUAAACCUUUUGUAUAAACUUGAUGAGAGUUACCUUUUAAAGCGCUUCAGAGUCAGUCGAUCCCAUGCAAUACAUUAUAAAAAUACUCUAUUCCAGCUCAUUGAUUUCUCUUUGCAAGUACCAGUGUUUUUUCUUACACGGUUAACUCAGAAAUUCACAUUUCCCUCCGUAAAUGUAUAAAGGUACAUUCCGAUAAGCUUCGAAUGAUACUGACCUAUUGCUAACCCUAUCUUUUAUGUAAAACAGACUAAAAUAGUCACUCUGUUAUGUUCCUUAUCCCUAGGACCUACAGGGAAGGGGGAGGGGUGCAAGGAUGAAUGCUACUCUCGGGCACCGUAUCCAUUUCAGUGGCUGAUCGUUUAUUAUUGAGACACAUGUACUGAAAAAAUUAGUCCGCCAUGUUGGAUGACGUCACUGGCCCUGGCAGCGCCGUUGCAUAUGUAUCCGAUAAUAUUUACAUCAUCUUUUAGUUGACAUAACACUGAACACUGAGGCUGCUUAUUAGGAGUAGAGGGUCGAGAGGGGGGGGGGGGGACGGUGGAGGUCGAACGAACAAAGGCGAAAAUCAUUUUCUUGUUCUCUUUUCUGGUGUAUGAGUUCGCAUGUAAGUCAGAGGUUUUGGACAUACAAUGAUAUUUGCUCUGUUUGGUAGGUGUUUGUUGGCGCUGCAUUGCACAAUUUAUUUUCAUCCGGAUGCACUUUUGAUUCUUCUUUGCAGCGUGCACUUUGGUGAAUAUCACUGGAUUCGUAACAAGUUGCGAGCUCGCUUGUUGCCAAGACAACUUGUGUGACCCUUCAGCUCCGACAAGUGCUUCGCUUGCAUUGGUUGCAAAUGUUUGUGCCAUAUUGUUGGCUAAUGUCCUGAUUAUAUUUGCAUGGUUUUACUAA